AAAAUGAUGGUUUCACCCUUCUGCUGGGGAUUAGGAAGUAACAUCAUUUCGUUUGUGUCCUAAACAAGCUCUUUUAAUGACCUCACAGACUAUGAAACCUGUUCCAUUAUCAGUACUUCAGAAAUUAUUGAAGACUUAACUUAGUAUUUUUAAAAUGAUUGUAAGAAAUAAAAAAUGGCAUCUACAGCUAAAGAUUGUGUGUGCAAUCCUGUUUGGCUGAUUAUUCAUUUCUUGAUGCUUCAUCUGAGUACUUUCGUGACUGGGGAUGUCAUUGUGAUAGAUUUAUUGUCGAACCUAACAAUUGACAGCUUUAAUGAUGCCACUUCAAACUUUGGGCCAAGUUUCUCGGACGAUGGUUUACUGGUUAGAGUUGUACCUGCUGAUCCACCAGAUGGCUGUACACCAUUGAAGCCCCCACCCAAUAUGGUCCUAAACGACUCAUAUGUUUGGGUAGCACUCAUUUCCAGGAGCGUUAACUGUAAAUUUACAGAAAAGGUAAAAAAUGCUCAGCUUGCCAACUACAGUGCUGCUAUUGUUUACAACAAUAACAGUGAGGAACUUGUCCAUAUGUCAGGAGAUGGUAAAGGCAUUAAGAUUCCAUCGACAUUUGUUGGAAGCAGCACUGGUUUACAGCUCAAAAACAAAUACAACUACACCAGGCAGGAUAUCAUUAUUCAGAUAGUGGAAGACAAUGGUCCAAUUAUUGAUUUUCUGGUGUGGCCAUUUGUCCUAGUCAUUGGUAUUUGUUUCCUGAUUGGAUUAGUCUAUUUGAUUAUCAAAUUAUGUAAAGAUCACCUCAAUAAGAAAGUCAAUCGUCUGUCCUCCAAACAUUUAAAGAAGAUACCAGUUCGAAAGUUUAAAAAAGGAGAGUACUAUGAUACGUGUGCCAUCUGCCUGGAUGAGUAUGAAGAAGGGGAGAAAAUCAGAGUCUUGCCCUGCGAUCACGUGUACCACACAAAAUGUAUUGAUCCCUGGCUGACAAAGAACAAGAAGACAUGCCCUGUGUGUAAGAGAAGGGUGAUACCUGGCAGGGAUGCCGACUCAGAAAGCUCAGACUCUGACGGUGGCGGCAGGGCACAGUCAACCGGAUCGGAGAGUACCCCCCUGCUGCGCGGGCAGCAAAGCACUCGACCGUAUGCCUCGCGUGGUCAGAGAAGAUUCCCUCCAAGAAACGGACAAGGCACCAGUAGAGAUGGCAAUGAGAACGUGCUGAACCCAGCCUCUGAAGGUAACCCAGUGGUUCCGAGUCUCUCAGAACCGGAAGACGACGAUGGCGCUGUUGGUGGUUUAACCAUUACUGACUUGUAUAUUCAGGCUAGAGACGCUGCCCAGAAAAGGCGGGAGAGAAAGAGGAAACGAACAGAGAGGGAGAGGCUGAUCGACAGGGAGGAUGCUGGUGAUGGGAGUGAACCAAUGGCUCCAGGGCUCGUCGAGUUUGGUGAAAGUGCAUCUGGCUCUGUGGUGAAUGAAACGAGAGAAGAGCGUCGCGAGAGAAGGCGCAAGAGAAAAGAGCAGAAGAAAGCUAGCAAGAGAUCCAACACCCAGUCUGAGGCCCCCACUGCAGGGGAAAGCAGCAGUGCCGGUAAUGUGAGGCGCAGCGAGGAGAAUGGCUCACGUUUAGGGGAUGACACCAAUGAAGUGGUUGUACAAGUGGCAGAGAGAUCCGAGCCGAAACCUCCAUCUGACAGACAGGAGCCGAGGGCCCUUCCUCUGAGGGGCAGGCAUCAUGAACUAAAUGAAGUUGUUUAAUGUGCCAUCGGAUAGAUUGACCUCUUCAUACUAGAAUGGUUAGUUGGUGCGUUCCAUCUAGAUGUCCAGUGACACACCUGAUACUGAUAACCAUCUUAUCCUGUGUGGGUUUCUCAAAGUAAGCCUGAACUACAGGGUCAUCAACAAAAUCUGUGAGAAAUCAGACAUUUUUUUUUUUUUUUGUUGCAUGUUCACUUAGUAUUAUCACUAUAAUUCCAUCAAAGUCAUAUGACAAUGUAGUCAGCUUAUCUCAUCACUUAGUAGACCAGUUAUCUUGUAUCAUUUUUUUAAAUACUGCAUAGAGCUUAAAACAUCUUGUCAGCGGGCAAAUGGGGAAACAUUUGGUUUUUAAUGUGUACAAAUAUUGUUAUCCAAUCCAUGUUUUUCUAGUUUUGUAUUGAAUAAUUAUAACAUUAUAUUAGUGUGUUUUUUUUUAUAGUGUCUUUUUUUUUUAUGAUUGAUUUCAUUUUUAAAUUGAAAACUCUAACACAAUGAUGCAUUUCAUUUGUAAAACUGUGACACUUUGAUCUAAAAGUUGACAUUUAUUUAAGCGGGAGUAGUCAAGAAAUAUAAACAAUUUGUAAUUUCUUGUAGUUUUCAUAUAUACAUUUAUUAACUUAAAAAAAAAAAAAUUCUGUUCAAUUGAUGGAAAUGUGAAAUUCAAAGAAGUUUGAAAAUUAAAACUAGUUGACUGGCAUAGUGUCAAAUGAAAUUUCAGCUGUACAACCUGGUUAGUCUAAGUGACAGCUGUACAAUCUGGUAGAUUAAGUGACAGCUGUACAAUCUGGUAGAGUAAGUGACAGCUGUACAAUCUGGUAGAGUAAGUGACAGCUGUACAAUCUGGUAGAUUAAGUGACAGCUGUACAAUCUAGUAGAGUAAGUGAAAGCUGUACAAUCUGGUAGAGUGACAUGAUGCAGCUCUCCCAAAUCUGAAACUUAUGCCUAGCUCUAGUAGGAACCAAUAUUUGGAUGACUAGUUUGGAAACACAGGAAAUUGUUUUUUGAUGUUUAUGUUUUCAGUCUUCCUCUGGAACCUGCGGCUCCGUCAGUUGUGAUCAGUCUCCCCCCCCCCUCUCCCUUCCCUCGACUGUUACCAACUUUUUAAUGCCACAACAUUGUUAGUGGACUGGAUUUGUUUUUAAUGUUUCUAACAAAAUGUCAAACAGAAAAAUCUUCUCUUUGUUUUACAAGUUUCUAUUGAUUGGACCUGAUUCAACCAAUCGUAAACACCCCUCAAGUCACAUAUUUUCCCAUGUUUUCUGUACAAGCAUGGAUAACACAUGGCUAUAUUUUCUGGUGUUUUAUCAUUGUCAUCGUGUGACUUGUGAUGAAUGAGGUCCAUUGAACAUUGGUCCACUAAUGUUACUGUGUUUUUAUUUAUUUAUUUUUUGUGUGCCAAUUCAACUAUCAAAUUCAGUUAAAUCUUUCAUUUGAAAUGUGACCUAAACUUUGUAUCCACAUCUCUCCCCUUCUAGUUCCAUAUUAUUAUUUCAAUCCUGGUAGAACUAAGACUUUGUUGUUUACUUAAAAUUUGUCUUCUUUUUGCUUGUGCACUGCACGCAGUAGAAUCUGUUGAUAAAGUAACAAAUGUUUAUUUUAUGAGGCAGUGUGGGCAGUUGAUUUGUAAGUAAGUAAAGUUCCCCUUUCAGACCUUUGCGAUCUACGGGGGCAGAUAAUGUAAAGUUUAUAUGUUUCUGUGGCCCAUGGUUAACAAGGGUGUCUAGUUGCCAGCAUAGUGACCAACAGCCUUUACUUUUCCCCAAUUAAUGUCAGGAUUAGAGAUAGGUUAACUCAGAAGCGCCCUAAAGGUCUUGAUUAGGAUUUGAACUUGGACGCCUAGCACUGCAAAGCACCUGACCACUCACUGGCCUUCAUAAACUUCUCAAAUACCUUCUAUCUCUUGGUGUUGGUACCACUCACUGGGCUUCAUUUUUAAACUUGUCAAAUACCUUCUAUCUCUUGGUGUUGGCGUUAGAAAUGCCAAGUGUGUGACAAGCAGCCAUGUGUAUGUGACAUCUAGCCAUAUAUGAGUUAUUUUGGUAAUGAAUAAAAGUUGGGGCACUGAUUUCAUUUCAAAAGGGUAAUUAUCUUUUUGAUUGUCCCCUGGUCACUUUAAUAUGUGUAGUUCCUGUGUGAGUGUGUGUUGACAUCACUUGGUAUAACUGUAGUGUGCAGGAUUUGAUCACUGGACUGUUCCUCUCUACACUUGUAAUGAUAUUUUAUUGUGUGAUUCCUAAACUUUCAUUUGCCCCACUGUUGAUGCACAAUUCAAUUGCCCAUUUCUUUGUUGUAUUAUAGAAGAAAUAUGUUUUUUUUUUUACCUACACUAUCUGAUUACAAACAAACCAAAAGCUUCUAUUGAAAUUAUUGUGUAGGAGAUCACUCUUGGCAUUGGCUUGCAAUAUUCUCACCAAACUUUUCCUUUGACCUUUUAUCAAUAUGUAUAAGUGACAGUGUUAGCAGUAACAUUUGACUGUGUUUAUCCAAACAAAUUUUUUCCCCUCAAAUAUUGCCCUUAUGUGUCUCCCGAAUACAAUAAAAGAAAGUCUUUGUUUUAACAGCACAGAGCCUGGAGGAACAUGUUGGCUAUUCCUAUACUUUGUUAACAGGGCCAAACUGUCAUGGUGUGAAUAUAAAUAUUAUCUUUCCUUUUAUCAAUAUGUAUAUGGCUUGUCUACGAAUCCGAAGAUUAAUGAGGAGUGCAGUAUUUUGCAUGGCUACGUAGCCCCAUCUGAAACCUACAUAUUUUGCCACAUCCAACGCAGACUUCCCGAGUGGUUGAUUUAUCAUAGUGUGAAUACAAAUAACUUAGUAAUCUUUUCUUUGAUUACUUGCUACCAUCUCUAAAGACUCGAAAUCAAUUUUCUUUUUGUUAUACCUUGGUCCUGCAUGUAAUAACUAAGUUGAAUUUGACUUCGUAUCGUAGGCUGGAAGAUGAUUUGCACUUUGGGUAUACACCUUAAUCAGGACACCUCAAUCUUAUGAAUAACAUAACCUUUACCACAAGCUUUUCUUUGAUGACAUUGUCAGACAAUUCAGGUAGCUGACACAUGAUAAUCCGGUUGGCUAGAGGAUAAUCAGGUUGGCUAGAUAAAGGAAUAUACCAUUGACUUAGAGAAUAUUUUUGCCUUUAACUGAGCGCUUCAUUUUUAAAAACUAAUCUCUGUGUUGAAAGACAUAUAUCUUGAUGUUUUACUUGUAAAAAUGUGUAUCAUAAUUAUUUUUAAAAUAUGUAUCAUCAUUUUUAAAAUAUGUAUCAUAAUUAUUUUACAAGUGUGUGUGUGUGUGCGUUGAUUCUGCAUGAUGGGAUAGUGAAAGAGUGAUGUGCGUUCUAUUUAUAGUUUCCACUCCAUUCCUUCUAAUGUUCUGUUUGGACAAUGAGAUUAACAAUGUACAUUCUGAUUGGCUGUUGUUUUUUUGUGAUUUACUUAUUUCAGCCAAUCUCAAUUUUAUUGCUCUGGCCCAAAUACUUUUAAAAUAGUUGUACACACACUAGUAUUUACGUCAGAUUUGUAACUUUGAUUUUACGCGGUAUAACUAAAAUAUAUAUAAUUAUAACAUUUAAUGUAUUGCCAGAUAGUCACUGUUUGUUUUAAAUGAUAGAUGUGAAUGUAGCCUAUACAGGUAUGUGAAUAAUGUAUUUUUAGAGAUUGUUUCAACUUGAGGUUGUAUAUAAAACGUUUGCAUUACAGUGUCAGACUUGUUCAUAGAGAAAUAAAAUUUGUUUUCAUUUCA